UUCCAGGGCGUCAAGCAGAUUGGCGGCCAUGUUGGAUAGCUCUUGAAAUAAAAUGAUUUUACUUCUUUAAAGUGUGUAAAAUUUCACCAAUCGACGCCAUGGGGUUGUUUUAUGCCGAUUUUUACUUUCAUGAAAGUAAAAAAUCCCGUUGGAGGGUGUUUCCACAGGCUUGUUUGUAUCGACGCAUGGUUGACCUCGUUGAGCGAAAUCUGGGUCACGCAAGUUGAGGCUAGUAUGACGAUCAAGGAACUCAACUUAGACAACUGCAGAGCUACAGAGAUCGAGGGCUUUGAUGAACAUGGCUUCUCGGCACUGGAAUCUCUCAGUCUGAUAAAUGUCGGCCUCACGUCUUUACAGAAAUUUCCAGCACUCGAGAAAUUGAAAAAGCUUGAGUUGAGCGACAACAGGAUUUCAUCUGGACUGGAAGUUUUACAGAGUUGCAAGAACCUAACCCACCUCAAUCUGAGCGGCAACAAAAUCAAAGACAUAGAUUCAUUAAAACCAUUAGCCGAUUUAAAGAACUUGAAGAACUUGGAUUUGUUUAACUGCGAGAUCACCAACAAGGAGGAAUACCGAGAGAGUGUGUUCGAGGUUUUACCGCAGAUCACGUACCUCGACGGCUACGACAAAGAUGAUAAAGAAUGUUUAGACGACGAUGAAGAGGUUGAGUGUGAGGAUGACGAUGAUGAUGAUGAUGAGGAUGACGACGAGGAAUUGGACGAAGAAGAUGAGGAAGAGGUUGGUUUGGCGUACUUGCAGGGACAGAUAAACGAGGAAGAUGAAGAGGGUGAUGAGGAUUUUGAUGAAGAUGAUGACGACGACGAUGUAGUCGAGGAAGAAGAUGAGGAGGAUGAAGAAGAGGAGGAAGAUGAAGAAAGUGCGGAGGCGAGAGGGACGAAGCGAAAACAUGAACCCGAACCCGAACCCGAACACGAAGACGACGAAGAAGAAGAAACGGCGUAGGAGUGUGUCGGAGGUCACAGGUCGUGUGACAGCACGUGUGUGUCCCAUUGAGAGACUUGUUAUGUUUGGGUUUGGCAGUGGCCGGGUUCAUCUCACACCCCUGGCUGUAACCAGACACAAGACUACGAUCUUUGUAUUCCUCCCAUUUCUUCAGUCGUAUGUGCAGAUUUGCCAAGAUCACAGAUAUAUCAUGUGACCUCAUUUAAAAAGAAAAAAAACCCAAUUCUAACACUUCAGCUCUCCGUGACACUUUGACUCUUGUAACUUUCAGUUCUGAUUUAGGGUAACAAAAAGUUCCCACCAAUCUGAUGUAAAAAAAAUCUUUUGUUAAAGCUGCAGUUUUAAGUAUAGUUUUAUUAUCUGAAACCAGUAUCUCGGACAUUGCUAGGAAAAGCCUAUUCCUCGGCUCUCCUCUGAGGUGAAGUGUUGAAAUAACCAUAUGUUAGACACCAAAUUAACUAUAGCUUUAAAAUCUGCUUUGUGAUUGUUAAACGGACGUUCCUAUCCUUUUUCUCUCUCCUCCUCCCUUCUUCCCCCCCCCCCCCCCUUUCAGAAAUGCCCGAUGCAAAAUUGAUUGUUUUUGUUUCACCAGUUCAUAUUGUCAGAAAAUAACAGUAUAGACAUUAAAGUAAUACCAAAGUUAAGGUACUGAAUGUUAGAUGGAGAAAUCUACUUUUGACAAAAACAUUUCAGUGUUUUCAACAUAUGAAUGUAGAUUGAUAGGGACCAGAGAAAUAUUUAAUACAUUUCAUAGUGAUUAUAAAGUUUUUUUUUACUCCUCUUUGUUAUAUUAUAUAUAUAUAUUAUAAAUCUUUUUUUUUUUUUUUAAUUAUAAAUUAUCGAGAGAAGAUUUUUUUAAUUUAUCAAACUUACAAGUCGAAAUUAUUGUAGGUAUUCAUUCUCCUUUGUUCUUGCAUAUCGUUUUCAACUGCCAAUUAUGCAAAUUAUAUAUAUAUAAUGUAGAUGUUGCGAUUUUAGAAUGUUUGGGGUCACAUGAUUUGACUGCAGAAGAGGAAGUGUGCGAGGAAUGGGAAUUGUGGGUAAAAAUAGGGUGUGACAUUCCGUGUGCCGAGCUGUUUCUUCAGACAUGUUUAUUGGAGAUUCCUGGGAGUUUUCGGUGAAGUUUAAUUGACAAUUCACGAACGAUGGCAUUUUAAUUUUGCAAAUCAUUUUUGCGAGAUUUUUGCGCCGCCUGUUUAUUGCAUAUAUUGAUUGCAUCUCAUUUUCCUUUCCAGGUUUUAUGUAUAGAGUUCUGUAAAUAAUGAAUACUUAGUGAAUUACCAUGAAGCGCAGAUAUCCUGUUUAGUCUGGCCAAUCUCACAGCAACGACAAAGGGUUUUAUAGUGGAACUGUGUUAUGCUCGUCUCAGACUGUCAACUGUCACGACGAAGUUGCCCAAUUCGACGUUUGUGGUGUAAUUUCCCCAACUCCUGACUUAGAUGGGUGUGCCCUGAUUAACAACUAAUCUGUUAGGAGUUGUAUAUGACGAAAAUUGAGAUGGAACGUGGUCGUAGAAGUUAUGAGAACAGAAAGUUGGCCAACUUUGUCGUGACAGUUGGUAGUUUGAGACUAGCAUUAGUAGCAUUACCAGGGCUCACCGAGUCCAUUGCCAAAUUUGCCUUUUAUAUCAAGUGGCUACAUUGUUUAGUGUUAAUAAAAGGUUCUUUAAAGGUGUAUUGUCACAGACCACUGACCUAUAUUUAAUGGUCUAACAAAGUAUUACCUGAACAAAAAUAAUUUGAUUUGUUCCUAAAUGUACUUUAUUCAACCAUCUUCAUAACCACCAUACUCCAUUUAUUAAUA